AAGAGGUACAGGAUUGACAGAACCUUGAGAGAAACCUAGAAGGAUGGUGAUAGGCUGCUGGAGUUGAAGCAUUUGGUUGUGAGGUACAGGCUAACUUGCAGAUCAGAAGGACCGGUGGGUGGAAGGACAGACAGACGGAGGAUUGCAUAGACAAACCAACCUGUUUGCUUGUUUGAGACCCUCAGUGUGCUGCAGUGGAGGGCUUCACAGGCAUAGCAAGCGUGGCUGAAUGCAUCACCCAGCGCAUAGGUUCAGUGGGCGUGGCACGCAGGACCCCUGUCCUCAGGAUAGACCUUACUGGGAACCAUGGGCCUGGGGUCUGCCCUCAAGGUGCUCUGGUAAUAUGAGUCAGCCACAGCUCCUCUCCCACCCGCCCUCAGGUCAUGUAACUGGACCAAAGCAUCUCACUAAAUUCUACAGCAAUUGUCCUGCAGGGUACAAUGGAGCCCAGACAAAGAUGGGGGGUUCUUUAGCACCCCCCAUGCCAAGGGACCUUCGACAUCUACAUCAAAAGUCUUGGAAGUCACCUGGGCUGCAGUCUGCAGCCCCCAUCCAUUCCUACCACAGUGGCCGCCAUGCCCAUAGUGGGUAUAGGACCAUUCCACGGGGCAACAACCAGCUCAGGUAUGCAGGUCCUCACCAGCUUCAUCACCCCCGAAACAAACCUCAUACUGGAGAGACAUGGAACCAAUCCCAGCAGGCAAGAGAAUUUCCAGGGAAAAUGAUAGGUGGUCAGCUGAAGCGGUCUGCAUCACACCCUGGUGAAAUUUGCCCCUACAUCAGCAAGAGAAAGAGGAGCUCCAGCUCAGAGCAGCUUGCUCACCCAGGGCUGCAGCAUUUCCCUGAUCAGAAACAAUCUCAGCUGACACCCCACCCUUCUACUUGCCACCCCUUCCGCUCAUCAUGUCUGCGCUGGACCACACCUGAAAGGAAGAAAGAACCUUCAAAUUUCCAGUUCCAGCAGCAGUCACCUAAGUUGGGAAAGGGGUACUCAUACAGACCCCCACUGUGCUCUGGUCAUGGAGGACACCCCCAGCCACCUCCCUUAUCCUACCCUUUUCACCAUGGCCGUGACCCCAGAACCUGCCCCCGUCUUCGUGGAGCAGAGUAUGACAGGUCCAUCCCCACACCAGCAAGCCUCACCGGCGUGCCUUACAGCCAUCGCCACCCACAUCCCCUUGUCAGCAGGAGCCCAGUACCUCAGCAGCGCUACCUGCCCAACGGCUGGAGAACACCAGGCAGACAAAACAAGCACACGCUGGACUCAGGUCGUUAUGGGGCAGGACUGGAAUAUCAGGGUCAGCAACAUCGAAUCCGAUGGGGUUCUAGGGUACCUCAUCACGACCACUCCCCGCAGAUAUCCACUCAAGCUCAUAUUCUCUCCACUACAGCUGUCAGACCCCCAUGCCGAUACAGCCUGUCUGAGAGCAGCAGUAAAGUGGUGUCAUUCCAAAGUGAGGUCACAGAUUUUCCUGACUCCUUAACAGUCAGCAGUCACAGCAGUUGGAGUAAGAAGAAGCCAGCAAUGCUGACCCAUGCUGCUGCAUCCCAGUCACCUCUGGAGGUCUGCAAAACACAAGGUCAUUCACAGGUAGCCCCAACCUCACAAGUUUCACCUUGUCAGGAGACAGCAUCAUCCUGCUUUGAGAACUCUGAGGCUUUGUCCUCCCAUACUAUAGUCUUAGGGUUCCAGAGGUCAGGGCAGAGCACCAUCACCAGCAGAUUCUCAAAAGCAUCAACCACCUCAACUCCUAUUGGCUCUGUCCGCAUGAAACCCCAGCCUACAGAUAGUUUCUCAUCCACCAAAACUUGCCCACAGAGUUUAGGGGAGGCAGUAGAAAACCUCGAGGCAGAGUUACAGGGAAUCCUGCAGCCACAGAACACAUUUAUAGAAGAAAAGAACAGGGACAGAGAGGAGGAAAAGAAAAUCAUUAACACAGAAGAGGACCAGAAGAGGUUGAAGACCAGUGAGGAGGCUAAGAUAAUCCAAAGAGAGGAUGAGAGCAAUGGUAACACAUGUGAAGAGAACUUACCCCUCCAGUCUUUAGACUCCUUCCCUAUUCACCCUUCUAAUUGCCCCUGCUUGAGCCAAGGUGGAACACCUAUGGUUAUGGUAAAGAGUGGGCCUCCACAAGCAUCGAUUCACAAAACAGCAUCUGCCCCUGAUAAGCAGAGACAGAAGGAAGGGUGGAGGUAUGGGGCUACUUUGCAAGACCCCUACUCAAGGAGUACCUCAGGGAUUUCCUCCAUUCCUAAAGAGAGAAAAGUAUCCCAGCUCAUUCAGAAUGACCCUCCACUGGAGACACAUUGCUCUUCCUCCACCAGCAGUAUCACAAGCAGGGAACCUUUGUUUACCUUAGACACCAGGAAGGAGCUCUUGAUCUCUUCAGAGGGAGCUUGCCAUGGGGUCAUGGAGUUAACCAUGACUGAGUCCAUGACCUCCAGUGAAGAAGGAGGCAAAGACCCCUUUAUGCUCAGUGACACUCAGGGGCACCCAGAACUGUGCACCAUUCUGCCAGAUGGCAUGGACUCUGUGAUGAGUAUGAAGGAUGAGACCAUGAAGAAGGAAGAUGAGUUGCUCUCAGAAAGAAAUCCCAUCUCUGCCCCUGACCUUCUUCCUGCUCCGAGGCUCCAUUGUGGGGACAAUGCAAUGGAAGACCCCCAUCCAAGCCCUCCUGUGCUUAGUAGGCAGGGCUCCCUGACGUCUUCCAUUCGUGAAGAGGAAGAAGGAGAUGAUGGUACUUCAAAGUCUACUUUGUCACAGAACCCAACACUCACCACAACCCACUCCAUCUCUGGUGAACCACAGAUGGGCACCAGCUACUGUCACAGUGACCUCGCCAAGUUUUAUGGGCUGCCAAAACCACUUAAGGAAGGAGAGGGAUUAGAAGAAGAGUCAAUGGCCUCAACCCCAGAAGAGCAGAGGUACGCUUACCGAGGUGGUCCCUUUGGCAGACCUCCACCCUCUGCCCUUGGGAGUGUCAAGUAUUCUUCUUCCCUUGCUCUGGGCCCAGAGAUUUGCACCUCACCCACCACACUCCCCAGCAGCACCCAUGGCCAGGCCUCAGACUUGCCACAUUCUCCAGGGACUCGGAACACCAUGCUUGGUCCCAGAUAUAAAGUGGUGGAUGUUAAGAAAAAGCCAAAGGAAGGGACUGUAGGCAGAGAUGAAGUGAAGAAGGACCUCACCCCAACCUUGCCGACAUGUGGAUUGCUAUCUGUGUCACUUCCCAAUGACCUGAAACUGUCGUCUGUCCCAAGAGCCUCCUUGGCAGAACUGAGCCGCAGCUGUGAGGUCCUGCUCACCCGGCACCCUCUCCCCACCGGUACCAGUGGCCGGGUUAAAAUGGAAAGAGAUGGUGAAGACACAAAAAAACAACAAAUGGGAAGAGAAAAAGAACUAAAGCAAGAGAAGAGCCUGAAAAGGAAAAGGGGUGCCUCACACAACAGCAGCUCAAGAGACCAACAAGGUACAGAGAAAAGAAAAAAGCAAAGAGAAGUGAAACAAGGGAUGUCACGCUGCUCUUCACUCCCCUCUUCUUCUAACAUGUUCCACCAGCCUAGCUCAAGGCCCAUUUCCAGUAGGCGACUAAAGGAAAGUAAGUCACACAAGGACCGGAAGAUUUUGGGGAAUCUAAAUCUUCAAGCUAAGGAGGUUCAGGAAAUCCAAGAGAGGGUACCUCCCAGAGACAUGGAAGAGUGCUUUCAAGAUGGCAACAGGAGGGAAAAAGAGGAAGAAAGUAAAAGAACUGGAACCAUUACAGGAGUCAACGUACCCUCUGGUGGAAGCACAGGUACAAGUACAGCCGGAACAAAGGCAGUGACUUCCACAGUCAUUUCGUCCUCCACUGGGCCUCCAUUACUGGGUGCAGCUGAUUUACUGAAAUUGAAGGCCCUAUCAGAUGGGCCUCCUCGGGAGCUGAAGAUACGGUUGAUCAAGGUGGAGAGUGGAGACAGGGAAACUUUUAUCGCUUCUGAGGUAGAGGAAAAGAUGAUCCCUCUGAAAGAAAUCAGCAUCAAGAACACAGCCACUGAAGUCAUCCGAGCGUGCAAAGCAUCGCGAGUGAAGGGAAAGUUCCGCGAGUCCUACCUACUCCCAGCAUUCUCAGUCAAGCCCAGAAUAACCACCAACAAUCCUAUACCACGGGAAAAGCUAAACCCGCCCACACCUAGUAUCUAUUUGGAGAGCAAAAGGGACGCCUUCUCCCCUGCAUUGCUACAGUUCUGCACUGACCCCAAGAAUCCCAUCACUGUCAUCCGGGGUCUGGCUGGCUCUCUUCGCCUCAGCCUGGGCUUGUUCUCAACCAAAUCUCUUGUGGAGGCCAAUGGAGAGCAUGCAGUUGAGGUGCGAACGCAAGUACAGCAGCCAUCUGAUGAAAACUGGGACUCGACUGGAUCAACCCAGACCUGGCCCUGUGAGAGCAGCCGCUCGCACACCACCAUAGCUAAGUAUGCCCAGUACCAGGCAUCGUCCUUCCAAGAGAGUCUGCAGGAAGAAAAGGACCAUGAAGGUGAUGAGGAAGAAGAAGAGCAGCAAGAAGCUGCUCCAGGCACCACAGCCAACAGCCCCUCUGCCACCAGUACCCUUAGCCCUGAACAGAAGCCAGCUGGAAAGAUCAUUAAGUUUGGCACUAAUAUUGACCUUUCAGAUCCCAAAAGGUGGAAGCCCCAAUUGCAAGAGCUGCUGAAGCUGCCAGCCUUCAUGCGUGUCUCCUCCACUGGGAAUAUGUUAAGCCAUGUGGGACACACGAUUCUAGGCAUGAACACUGUACAGCUUUACAUGAAGGUUCCAGGCAGCCGCACUCCAGGUCAUCAGGAGAACAAUAACUUUUGCUCAGUGAACAUCAACAUCGGUCCAGGUGACUGCGAAUGGUUCGCCGUGCAUGAAAGCUACUGGGAGACCAUCAGUGAUUUCUGUGAGAAACAUGGAGUGGACUACCUGACAGGGUCGUGGUGGCCUAUUCUGGAUGACCUGUAUAGGUCCAACAUCCCAGUAUAUCGGUUCAUCCAGCGCCCGGGAGACCUUGUGUGGAUUAACGCAGGGACGGUGCACUGGGUCCAGGCUGUAGGCUGGUGUAACAAUAUUGCCUGGAAUGUGGGCCCACUCAACCCCUUCCAGUAUCAGCUGGCCCUGGAGCGCUUCGAAUGGAAUGAGGUCAAGAAAGUCAAGUCUAUUGUGCCCAUGAUCCACGUGUCAUGGAAUGUGGCACGUACUGUAAAGAUCACUGAUCCUGACACCUACAAGAUGAUCAAAUACUGCCUUCUGCAGUCCAUGAAGCACAUCCAGAUUCUGAGAGACCAGUUGGUGACAGCUGGGAAGAAGAUCUCCUAUCAGAGCCGUGUAAAGGAUGAGCCAGCUUAUUACUGCAAUGAGUGUGAUGUGGAGGUAUUCAACCUGCUGUUUGUGACAAGUGAGAAUGGCAGUCGGAAGACAUAUGUUGUGCACUGCGAGGAUUGCGCACGUCUGCGCAGCCAGAACCUCUCUGGUGUGGUGGUGCUGGAGCAGUAUCGCAUGGACGAGCUGAUGAGUGUCUAUGACAACUUUGUCCUGGCUCCAACUUCCAGCUUGCGGUGAGACUGCCCCCCUUUCCCCUUCACAGCCAUAACCAAAACUGCUCCUCCACAGGAGAACAAAAGAUGUCGUUUCUGUCGUUUUUGAAUACUACAACUUAAUACUUGCUGAAUUGGUCAAUCAGAUAUAUUUAGUCUACAUUGUUUACAGUACCAUAUCAGCCAACAAUACACCAGUUUACUGUUCUUCAGUCUUCCCUCUGCUGUCAGCUGCUGACUGGUUUUCUACGGAGCCACUGAUAUGGAAUUCCUGGGAUGGCUCUAUUCCUUAAAAUCACUAGGGGCCAGUUUUUCAAAAAUUUUCAUGUGGAUAGAAAUAGUUUUGGUUUUUUGCUUUUGCAUGACCCAGAAUCAAAUGAUUUCAUUGAUUUUUUUUUUUUGCAUGAUGUACAAUAGACCACAUCUCCUUUGUGCUUUGACAAAUGCAGUAAAUCUUUGACUAUGAUAAAGACUGCAGAAAUAUCUGUAAUUUUAGUUUCUAAAGGAUCUUAUUUCCUUAUGUAAUCCAGUCCCAAAUGUCUUCAGAUAGUUUUUGAGAAAUUGGCCCCAAAAGAUUUACAUUGGUGCUUAAACCAGAAAAUCAGAACCUUGAGUGAGAUUUAAGUAAUCUGCUCUAGAGGUUACUCUGACUGUUGAACAUCAGGGAACUAUGGCACAUGUGAUUAUACAGUAUACUCACAUUAUCUCGUUUAAUAGAAUAGGUUUACAUACAUAAUUAAUACAGUGAGUGUAAUUUUAUCAAUUUGUCUAUGAAUUGGCCAUGGAAACAAGGUAAAUGCCUUGGCUGGCUGAAAGAGCUCAGUUUCUUUGACUAGUUUUUUCAGUUUACUUGUAGUUUUUCUUUUUAUGUGAAUUCUGAAGUUUAGUAAAUGUUGAUUUGUAUUUCUUGUG